AUGGUGAUGAUCUUAACCAAAACUCGGGAAAACAAAGGUGCUGACUCCGUAACAUGCAGGACUGAGCUGCACACUCCAAAGAUGAGUCAAGGACCUACCCUCUUCUCUUGUGGCGUGAUGGAAAAUGACAGAUGGAGAGAUCUCAGUAGGAAAUGUCCACUUCAGCUCGAGCAGCCGGGUACCAGCAUCUGGGACUGCUUGUCGGACAAGGGCGAGGAGGGCUCGCGCUGGACGACGGAGACGGCCAGCACCUGCUCCGUCACCAACCUGAUUAAAGACCUCAGCCUCAGCGACCCCCACGGCAACCCCUCAGCCCCCCCCAGCAAGCGUCAGUGCCGCUCGCUCUCAUUUUCGGAUGAAAUGUCAAGCUGCGGGACCUCAUGGAGACCCUUAGGCUCGAAGGUUUGGACCCCGGUUGAGAAACGGCGAUGUUACAGCGGUGGAAGCGUACAACGCUACUCCAACGGCUUUGCCACCAUGCAGAGGAGCUCGAGCUUCAGCCUGCCCUCACGGUCCAACCCGCUCUGCGGCGAGCAUCCCAUCCUUGGCAGCCCAGCCCAGCCGAGGAAAUCGGCCACCAGUGGGCAUGGAGGAGACCGAGUGGACAUGCAGAGGUCCCUCUCCUGCUCUCAUGACCGCUUCUCGUCCUCGGAGUACUGCCCGCCCUCGGCAAGCAGCACACCUGCCUCCACGCCGGAGCUGGGGCGACGGGCUGGUGGGCUCUCCCGAAGCCGCUCGCAACCCUGCGUCCUGAAUGACAAAAAGGUCGGAGUCAAGCGACGGAGACCGGAGGAGGUUCAGGAGCAACGGCCCUCGCUGGAUCUCGCCAAGAUGACCCAG